GGUAAGCAAAGGAAGUAAACUUCUGCUAAAAUCUCAGCUUCAACUACAUCAGAAGCAGCCAAAAAAAAAAAGAGAAAAAAAGAAAAUAUACCCACAGAAAUCUACAUAUCUGUACAGCUUUGGCACGAGAAGAUAAGAAUACGCAAAGAACAAUGAAAGGUGGCAAGAACAAUGAAAACGCGAACAUGGUUGAGACAAAAGAGAAGGGUAGUCAAGGGCUACUAGCUAGUCUAGGUGAAACGAAAUUGGGACAAUUAGUUGAUUUGUCGAGAGCCUUGCUCCAGGAAGUUGGUAGUCAAAGCCAAGUUGCACGGCUCACUGCGAAAGAACAUGGUUUCUUGCUUGAAGAUGACAGCGAAAACUGCUGGUCAGUAGAUAUUGACCAGAUGAACACUGAAGAUCAAAGUUUGAUUCUGUCAGUAUUAUCAGACGCACAAGGUAAUACGGUCAGAGUGGAUGUUGGUCGAAGCCAGCAUGACUCAAGCAGGUCGUUACAAAAUGACUCGUCAUUAGUGGUGUCUGAUAAAGAAUUAAGAGGUUCGCAAGCAACAAAUGUAAUAGUGGAUGUCUCAAAGACAAAUAGUCCAAUUGCAUCAAUUUCCCAACAGGAGGACAGAGGAGAUAGUACAGCGAAGGCGUUGGUAAGUGCGGUUCCUCCUGCACAAAACCCCGAGAGUACCUCAAAUGCGGUUGACAAUAUAGAGGUCAAUGGUGUGAAGAAUUUGAUUGAGAUCCAAAAGGAAACCAUUGCAGCUCCUCGAGAGAAAAUUGAAGGGCCAGAAAAGGUAUUCAAAGAGCUCACUGAAAUACACAAGAAGGAAUACGAUGCUCUCAAUAAUCAAGUAGAAGGUUUGAAAAUUCGGUUGGCCGAAAGUCAGAAAAGGGCUGAAGAAUUUGAACAAAAGUAUCUACGGUCUCAGGAGCAAAUAGCUGAAAUAAAGCAAACUCAGAAUAAACGCACUGUUACGGUUGAAGAGCCUGCUUCGGAGUUAGACGAUGCAGUCUCGACAGCUCAACAGUUUUCGGUUGGAAGUAGUAGUACAGCUACUCAAGAUAAUGUUCAUGAUAGGGUUUCUGGUGCUCCGGUGAGUAUUGUUCAUACUCACGGAAAACCAGUGAAAAUAAACGAAGUUAACCUUGGUACAGCGAUUAGAAAUGAGAUUUUGAAAUUACUUAACAGUGAAGCAAUAGAUAGUUUAACUUUGCAAAGGUCCAGUUUGAAUUCAGGUUUAGAAUCGAGUAAUUUUUUGAGUAAUGAAUCACACUCUGGUGAAGCAAUAAAUUCUAGUAAUCAARACACYGCUCAGACUGGAUKUCAUGACAAUAAUAGUCGGAAUUCAGCYCAGGURAUYAGUCUUCAAAUGUUCAAUCCUGAUCAUAGCAUACCCCAUGUAUAUAAACUCUGCCAGGAAACCAAAUUUGAUGACUUUCUUGAUGAUCUUAGAUCGGAAUUAAGAGCAAAUGAUAUAUUGUAUGUUAUCGACAGCAGCAUUAAGCCUWUCMURGAUAAAAAUGAUAAUGUAAAACAGUUAGAUAUUUUUAAAGUAAAGGAUACAAUAAGAAACAGGGUCGAUAAAUUUUAUUUUGAUCAAAAAUUUUAA